AUGGCAGAACCCACGGUAAUCCCCAGCGACGAGAAGACAAGGAUUGUCAGGGAAAGACUUCCCUUAUACGGGCCGAACACCUCCGCAGAACUAGUGCAACAAUUGAUGGCAGAGGCAGAGGCGGAUAUACAACGAGCUAGAGCCCAUGAGCUUAAUAUAGCGACCGCUCAGCAGGGGAUCGCGGCUAAUGCCCACAACGGCUUCACGGAACUGGCAGAACAACCAAAGAUUCCGUUCGCGGCAUUCAAACCGUUCGUGGAGAACAAAAUGGGGAUCGACAAAUUUUUAGCCGAUUUUCAGAGACAAUGCGCACUACAUCAAAUCCCCACAACAGCGUGGCCGCGUAUCCUGGCUUGGAAAUUAGCCCGGUGGGCAAUAGAAGCCUUCAGGACGCUCAGCGCCGAAGAAGUGGCCCAAUACCCGCUAGUAAAGGACACUCUGCUGAAACGGUACGCCGUAACUCCCGACACCUACCAAAGGCAGUUCCGCAACUCGAAAAAGAAAGCAAAUGAUACCCAUGCCGAAUGGGCCCACCGAAUGUGGAGGGCUGCUACCCAUUGGAUUAACCCCUUAAGGACCAAACUUCUGGAAUAAAAUGGAAUCAUGACAUGUCACACAUGUCAUGUGUCUUUAAGGGGUUAACGGGUGUCGGGCAGUCACGGCAGCAGAAAUUUUGGAGUUAUUUUUGUUGGAACAUUUUUAUGAGGGACUAGAACAAAAAGACAGAGAGUGGUUGAAAGACCGACGCCCUAACAACCUUCACAAAGCGGCAAGAAUGGCUGAUGAACACCGGGAUGCUCAGAUUCAGGAGUUCAGCAACUCCCGAACGAUAACCCGUACCGAACCAAGAGACACGUACUGA